AUCAGAGACAGUCUCUCCUUGUUAAUUCCGACACUCUCAUCUGCAAACACCACAAUUGUUUCUCUCCUACCACCAUGAACAAAAGGGGUUCUUAGUUUCGUAUUCAACCGAUCUUCACAGCCACGAUUGAGAUUUUGAUUACAAAUUUGUAUCACCGUACAGAGUACGAAGAGAAGUUGCAGCAGUAAGCCGGGCAGAGCUUACGGAAAGAUGUUAGCGCUUGAAAGUUAGUAUUUUAUGUCGAAGUGUGCAAAAUCUGUAACCUCGAGCUCUGUACGCAAGAAAAAUAAUCUCAGCAAGAGGACAACACGUCUUGAGAAUGGCUUUGAAAAAUUGUUGGGUUCUGUCAACAUUAUUGCUGAAGCCGUUAAAGACCGUAAGCGGAUGAGAACUACUAUGGACCUGAAGGAAUUUAAGAAAGUGGUAGGGAAAGAUAGAAACUUUAUUGGGACAGCAGAGUCUACCGAGGCGGAGAAGUGGUUGAUGGGCAUUGAGAAAGAGUUUGUGGCUUUGCAAAUUCCGAAGGAGAAGAAGGUUAGACUUGCCACUUACCUGUUUGAGGGAGAUGCCGAACAUUGGUGGAGAUCUGUCAAGCGCAUGGAAGAUGUGAGCAACAUGUGCUGGAACAAGUUUGUGGAGCUAUUUCUUAAUAAGUACUUUCCACCGACAGUUAAGGCAUUAAAGUGUGCUGAAUUUGCUGCGUUGAGGCAAGGUAGUAUGACGGUUAUGCAGCUGGAUCAGAAAUUCAGUGAACUUGAACGUUACGGAACACAUCUCGUCCCCAACGCGGAAUUAAGGGCUCGCAAAUUUGAAGACGCAUUGAGGCCAAGUAUUCGUAACCAAGUCGUUGGACACGUGCACAUGAAUUAUAAUGAUGUCUUAAAGGCAGCACUGGCAAUUGAGGCUAGCAUGAUUAAAGCACAAAAUGAAAGGGAGGAUAAUGAGGUGAAGAAAAGGAACGGAAGCAACUCGUCAUCUCACCAUCAACGUGCUCGCUAUGAUUCAGACACCAACAAGGACAAAGUUAGUGGUUGCUAGCGAUGCGGAGGAGAUCACUUAGUGAGAGAUUGUCCAACACCAGCACACCAAGGACCACAAGACGCAAAUCAACCUCAACAGCCGAAUGCGCGUAAACAGAAUAUUUAUGCCAGACAUCCUUAUAACCCUCGCAACGACACAUCACCCUUCCAGCCAAGGCAACAAAAUGUUCAAGGAAAACUUAAUCAUGUCGCAGAGAUCAAAGGGGAAGCUGAAAGUUCCGUAAUCAAGGGUAAUUUUGCUAAAAUUUUGGUUUCACACUAAAGCUAGUUGAAGGUAAUCUUCAUAGCUCUUCGAUUUAAUUUGAAUUGCGGGACGCAAUUCUUUUUAGGGUGUGAUGGUGUAACGACACGUAUAUUUUUCGUGGGGAUUUGAGCCCUAGCCCAACUCAUAUGAAUUCUUGUUUAGCUAAGUAGUGAUGUGGUUUGUAUA